GGGUGGUUUGUAGGAAUUACAUAACACACCAGAAGGCUCAAGCUGUGCCCUGGGGACAAGGGCCCUCGGCAUCAUGGGAGCCCACCUAGAAAGAACUCGGAGAUCAGACGAUGUUGGAAGGCAGGUGAAGUGGCCUCUUAGCCUUUCAGCAUUUUGUCCCCACUUCCCCACAAUUAGAGAAUAAUAAGCCCUACCCUCAAGAAGCUAGGAGUACACGAAGACUUAGAGAAGCAUUCUGUGAAUCUAUGGGUGUGGGAAGAACAGAAUCUAGAAAUGAGAGGUGGAGUUUCUUUAGAAGCAGAUAAGGUAGUUCACAAGAAAAUCAGGUAGUACUCAGGAACUGUCAGGAGGUGUGGGCAGUCACUACCAAUGUCUUGUAUCUCUGCGUUCCUUGAUACCACAAAUGAGGAGGGUGAGCAGGCUGAAGAAGCCGACUGGGAGAUAGCCAGCUGCCUCCAGGGGAGUGUCCAGGAGGAGAGGCGAUUUACAUGCCGUUCAUGGCUGAUGUUUGGUGCAACUGACACAAACAGGGAGCUCCAGUCUGCGGGAGAGCAGGAAGGCAGGGUGGUCCUCACUGUGGUCGAGAGCACGAGAAUCCAGCGAAUGGCAAAGGGCGUUGCCAACGGCCAAAUACCAAAGCCGAGACAGAGGCUUGGGAGGCUGAGAUGAAACUGAGAGCAGGACAGUUUCCCAAGGUAGAAGAACUAACCCAUUCUAACUUCUCGCCGAAGGAGAGGCCCAUCACCUCCAUCCGGGACACAGGAAGCAGCUAGAACAGCUCCUUUCUGAAUCAGCCUCAGCUCAGAUCCAUCUGUAAGUGGUGAUCAGAGAAAUAACAGGAUAAAUGUGUUCGGUGAGCCCGCUCCGUGCUUGGUGGAGUGCUAGAUGUUUGGCAUUCAUUAAGUCACUUACCGUUCGCAAGCGCUCUGGAUAACGAGUAGUUGCCUCCUGUCACGGAUGAUGAGGUAUAGGUUGAGACCCUUGACCAAGGCACACAGUGAAGUGUUAACAGCUGCAUUAAAACCUUUCGACCCGGGAGCUGCUCUGCAGUGCGCCACCGGCCUCAUACCCUGCUCCUCUGAACUUUGUCGGAAAAGAAUGGACAAGGACCUCAGUAUGGUGCACAAUCCAUUUCCCAUGGAAAACCAUCUACCCGUGGACAUGACACUUCCUUUUAAGAAGUGGUGAAACUAUAAAACACGAUGACGAUGAAGGUCAGGUUCUGUGCUUGGCACCAUCCAGGAGACAAACCUCACAGAAAGGCGCACCCUAACUGAGGUUGCACGGAUAGAAACGAGUAUCUAGGCCAUCCAGAUCAAAACCUGCUCUCAUCUACCUUUCCAAAGUGUGAGUUGGUUUCUAGAUGCCUCACUUCAAAGAAAGUGAAUGCUUCCCAAGUCUACAGAGUGGAAGAAUCGCAAUCUGUCUUCAAACAUGGGAAAGGCUUGUAAUGUGAGAUGACAGGUCCACUCAGAGUGGGGCAAACCAGAACCCCUGGUGGAGGCCACAAGAUGAAAGCCAACUCCUUGCAAGGAUGAUUCUGUCUGGACUGCUCAGGAGAUGGUAAAUUCCCUGGGACCCGGACGUGCAAAGACAAUCACAGCUAGUGUUUUAAGGACCCCUCCUCUAUGCCAGGGUUACCAAAAGCGUCUCAAAUAAUGUUCCCCUUUGAAAGUGCUUCCUUUUAACGCUGCCAUGUUUUAAGUGAAACUUCACUUACAGAGAGCUAAGCAUCUCUCCCAAAGCUGAUUCAUAGGCCCUUUAUGUCAUGAGACCUCUCUGGCAUCAGCUAAAGAACCACACUGGCGGGAAUACUGAGGAAGGACUAGGAUCAAAAGGGUGACUUUGAAGGGAAUACUUCCUGAGAGGCAGUGACUGAUUUUUCCUAAGGGGGAUUCUAGGUACCUGCCCCAAUCGGUCAGAGGCAGAGCCAGGAAGAGACAAAAACAACAAUCUAACCCCAGGAUCCUGCCCCUGCCUUUCUGGGACUCUGACGUCAGGGCCUUGGGACCUCGCCUUCAUUGAACUCUACUCCAGAGAGAAGACGGCCAGGCCGGGCGUGCACAGCCGUGGCCGCAGGGUGGCAGCGGUGCUUCGGCCGCAGAGCCCUGCUCCGCACUCCGAAGUGGGGCUGCUCCAGAGCAGUGCUGGUGAAGAUGGGGUCUGUCUCCAAACAUCUGAUGCAAUCUCCACUUUCUGGGGGGCUCUGAGACUUCUUUUGUCUCCUGUACCUCACUUUUCUCUCCACAGGCACAUCUCAGAGUAGUGACUCCAUUUUUAACCCUCCAAGAGGCAUGUCCACGUGGGUGUAAAUGGGCCAGGAGGCCCUGCCUGCAGCCUCCCAAGUCCCCAGACGGGAUCACCCUGGCUCUUUCCUCCUUCCUUUCCAGGACAUGAUGCCUAGCCUGACAGGGCUUUCUCUGUGUUUUAUUUUACAAGCUAGCAAAGAGAGGAGGUGAUCCAUGGGAGCUCUCCAACCUGUUGAGGGAUUGGGAGUUCUUGAAGGCCCCCCAGGGCUCUGACAAAGCAUCUGCAAUUAAUGAUGCUUCUUGAGCUCUGGAGACAGGAUUUAUGCAUCUAAUAAAGUCUGUAACUCCAAGCUUAGGGGCUGGGGCCGGAGGCUGAGAGCAGGAAGUCCCACAGGGGCCGGGGAGGGGGGUCCCAGGCGGCUCUUAAUGGAGCUGUGCAUUUCCAUUGCCUUUUCUAGAUUCCCCCUCAGGCGGCUGUGGGAGGUGAGGAACAGGGGGACAGCAGGUAUAAGAGGCGGGUGUGGCCACAGCAAGGCAGAUGGCAGCAUGGACGCCAGGCAGGCAGCAGCGCUGCUGCUGGUGCUGCUGUUAGUAACAGACUGGAGCCACGCUGACGGACCAGGGGGCCGGGAUGGAGGAGACCAGAUCUUCAUGGAGGAAGACAGCGGCGCCCACCCAGCACAGGAUGCUCAGACCCCUAGGUCGCUCCUGCGCUCCCUGCUCCAGGCCAUGCAGAGACCUGGCCGGAGUCCAGCCUUCCUGUUUCAGCCCCAGAGGUUUGGCAGAAACACCCGGGGCUUCUGGAGCAACAAAAGACUGAGUCCUCGAGCUGGAGAGGGGCUGAGUUCCCCCUUUUGGAGCCUGGCUGCCCCUCAGCGCUUUGGGAAGAAGUGACAUGCCAUCCUCUGAGGUUUGCAUGCAAGGCGCACACCCCAAACUGCCAUGUGUCCCCUGCAAAUAAAGCUGUCUGGCUUC